UUGGUCAUGUCCACAGUCAAGAGCAGAGAGCAAUGAGUACAAGCGUGCCUGUCAGUGUUCAACUUGCUCCCUACACUUAAUGCCACCAAGCCAUUUCCUUUUACCUAGGGAUUGGUGCUACCCACAGUGCACUGGAUCUUUCCAUAUCAACUAGCAUAAUGCGGACAACCCUGGACAGAAAUACCCAGAGAUUACCCUAAUCUAGACAAUCCUUUAUUAAGACUCAUACAAUCCAAGAUGAUUAUAGAUUGUGUCAGGUUGACAAUUAAAACUAAUCACAGUACUGGACAUGAUGGAACAUAAUUUAAAUCUGAGCACUCAGGCAGCAGAGGCAGGUGAAAUCUAUGUGUGAGGAUAGCCUUGUCUACAUAGUAACUUUUAGGCAAGCCAGACUUACAGAUGAUAACCCUGUCCCGAGCAAAUCAAACUCAAAGCACCAGAACUUGAUCACUAAAUGAGAUGUUUAAAAUUUUAAUUUUAUAUUAGCAGACCAGUCUUCAUGUCAGUAAUUAUCCAGCCAUUGGUAGCAUCUUGUAAACCAGUAUCUACUUCUGCAUGGAAUCUGUCCCCUAGGACAAUCCCAGAGGACCAGAAUGAAGAGGAGUCAGAUAACUAUCAGCUCAUGUUCAAGCACUUCAAAGAAAACAAGGUGGAGAUCGCAAGUGCCAUCACCAAGCCGUUUCCUUUCCUCAUGAGCCUUCGAGACCGAGACUUCAUCUCGGAGCAGAAGUUUCAGGAAUAUCAAGAAACAUGUAGGAACCUGCUCCCAGUGGAGAGAGUCGUGUACGACAUCCUCAGCAAUGUACAGAAGAAGUUUAGCCGGGAUCUUCUGAAAGUGAUAUUCAGCAAAACACAUCUGAAGGCCUACCCUGACUUAAAGGAGACUCUAAAACACUUCUUCCUAAAUGGUAGUCAUAAAGAAAGAUUUAACGUUCUUAUCUUCCACGAGGAAGAAUAA